UGAAAGGGGGGAAAGUGAAAAAAAAGAAGACAGCAGUGUAAGUGCGUUGAACCUCGUAGGGAUCAAGAUGGACGGUCGUCCAGUUGUGUUUGUGAGUCGAACAGAGAGUUUCAGUGCAUGCCAUAGAUUACACAGCCAGAAGCUAAGUGAGAAGGACAAUGUGGACAUUUUCGGGAAGUGUAAUAACCCUAAUGGCCAUGGUCAUAAUUACAAAGUGGAAGUAAUUGUCAGGGGACCAGUUGACCCAAUAACAGGCAUGGUUAUCAAUCUAGUGGAUUUAAAGGCAUACAUUGAGAAGGCCAUAAUGUCUGUAUUAGACCAUAAAAACUUGGACAAGGAUGUACCUUACUUUAAGGAUGUAGUCAGCACAACAGAGAACUUGGCUGUGUUUAUCUGGCACCAACUAACGAUGCUCUUACCCACAGGUUUACUUUACGAGGUGAAAAUUCACGAGACUGACAAAAAUGUUGUGUUUUAUCGUGGAGAUGUCACCAGUGAUUAAAACAUUUGUUGGGAAUAUGAAGGAUAGAAAUCUCAUUUGUUAAUAGAAAAAAGUAUGGACAUAUGAAUAUAUAUGUUAUACAUUCCAUGAGAAUAAAAAUAGCUUUAUGUAUAAGCUUUAUGUAUAUAUUUAUUUAUUUAUUUGAUUUGUGUUUUACGCCAUACUCAAGAAUAUUUCACUUAUACGACGGCGACCAGCAUUAUUGUGGAGGAAACCGGGCAGAGGCCGGGGGAAACCCACGACCAUCUGCAGCUUGCGGGCAAACCUUCCCACUUACGGCCG